CUUCUGUUCCCCCCGCGCAGGGAGGUGAGAGGGGAAGUCUCGCUCUUGUUUAAAGCUCCACACCCACUCCACUUCUACCAGGAUCCACUCGUGUGCUGCAGCUGCGGAACCCAAAAUGGCCCUGGUGUCCGAGUUCCUGGGACAGCUGUCCAUCAACCCUGCGGCUCAUGAACCCAAGUACCCCAGCGUCCUCCCGGCGGUGGACUUCGACGCCGACCGGGAAGCUGCCAGGAUCGAGACGGCCAUCAAAACCAAAGGAGUGGACGAGCAGACCAUCAUCGACGUCCUGACCAGGUGCACCUACGCCCAGAGGCGGGAGAUCGCGUUCGCCUAUGAGAGGAGGACGAAGAAGGACAUGAUCUCAGCCCUGAAGGGGGCGCUCUCCGGCUCCCUGGAGAACGUGGUUCUGGGACUGAUGAAGAGCACGGUGCAGUUUGACGCCUCGGAGAUCAGAGGCUCCAUCAAGGGCCUGGGGACGGACGAGGAAACGCUGAUCGAGAUCCUGUGCUCACGCAGCAACGAGGAGCUGGUGGAGAUCAAGAAGGUCUACAAGGAAUUGUUCAAGAAGGACCUGGACAAAGACGUCGCCGGAGACACCUCGGGGAACUUUGCGAAGCUGCUGCUGGCUCUGGUGCAGACCAAAAGAGCCGAGCCGUCCUCCAUGGUGGACUACGAGAAGAUCGAUGAUGACGCCAAAAAACUCUACGAUGCUGGAGUGAAGAUCAAAGGAACAGACGUGCCCACCUGGAUCUCCAUCAUGUCCGAGCGGAGCGUGCCGCACCUCCAGAAAGUGUUCCAGAGGUACAAGAGCUACAGCCCGUACGACAUGGCGGAGAGCAUCGUGAAGGAGGUGAAGGGAGACCUGCAGAUGUCCUUCCUGGUCCUGGUUCAGUGCUUCGAGAACAAGCAGCUCUUCUUUGCCAACAAGCUGCACGAGGCCAUGAAGAGUAAAGGCGCCAAAGAGAAGGUGGUGACCCGCAUCGUCGUGUCGCGCUGUGAAGUGGACCUGAAGAAGAUCUGCGACGAGUACAAGGCCCACUACGGACAGUCUCUGCAGAAGACCAUCCAGGAACACACCAAGGGAGACUAUCAGAAGGUUCUUCUGGGCCUGUGUGGACCUGAGUGAACACGAGCGGAAGAUGUCAAACACGUGACACACGCACCUGAUGUACAAAAUAAAGCUGACUCCCGAGUA